UGUCGUUGACAGGGACGCUAAAACGACAAGUUCGGACGAAACCAAUGGCUACUCAUGAUGACGGAGAAUCAAUCGAUUUUAACAAACUGGAGAAAGAAUUGAUGCAGGCAGUGGAAGCUGAUGCAAGAUACUGGAGAGAGAAUGACGCCAAGAUCCGAGCCGUGACAAAUAAAGUGGCCACGUACGAGGAAUUCAAAGAUCUUGUGCUAGCUGCUCACCUAAAGCCAUUGGACAAAGGGGAUAAAGUGUCGACUACCUUCAACCAACCAUGGAACAGCACAGCCAAUAGGUCAAAAUCAGGUCACACCCCGUCAGCCAAUCAAGACACAGAUCAGAUUAAACAGGUUUACAGGCUUCCCAAAAAUGGGCAGGAGUUUGUACGAGACUGGAGACGUUAUUACAAAACGGACCAGGAACGCUGCGCUUUUCUGCUCUACAUCGGGCCACAGAAACUCCAGCAGAUUUUCAAGGCUGAAAUCAGCUUCGGGCUUCUUGGAGACUUCAUGUCUGCUCUUUCGCUGGGUGUUGAGCAGAGCCCUGAACUUGUGUUCGACAUAUUGAACUCUUUACGUCAGGUGAAUCGAUUUGCUCUCUCUGUGCGGUUUAUGAGCAAGGCAGAAAAAGACAGCUGCAAGAAACUGUUUGACGCACUGGAGGGAAAACUGACAUGCAUCACCAGCGACAGCUCUGAUGGAAGUUCAUUAUUACCUGAACUGCAGACUUUGAGAGACUUGUACGAUGUAAAAAACACAAGCUGAUGAGAAAAUUCUGAUUUGCACAUUUCAUUAAAAAAAUAUAUCAUUCCAUUAGAAACUUGAGCAUGCCAAUUUUU